UUCUUCCGGCUGCCUCCUCCUCCCGUCACCUCCUGACCCGCCCGGUCCCUGAGCAACCGCCGGCCCCCGCCCCUUGCCGCUGACGGGCUUUGGUGGCGCCUUUCGCGCCCCGCCUCGGGCUGUAUUCGGGGCCCCUCCUGACGAGGCCUACCGUCCCCCGCCCGGACGGGGUCCGCGGGCCCCGAGCCGGCAGGCUGGAGAAGGUGGAGGUUAGGUGUCUUAAGGAGGGCUGCUGAGCACAAGGGCGCACCACCACGGAGGAGGACUCGGACCCCCUGGCCGGGAGCGCCCGCUGUGUGGUCCUGUGUGCCGCCCCGCAUUUUAGGGUUCCUUUUUUCUCUUUAUGAGCCCCUUUAUACCUUCCUUUUAGAAGGGGAAAGGCGACCUCCCACACCUUCUCCCAACGCUUUUUGACUUUUUUUUUUUUCGUCUUGAAGUUACCCAAAGGCCUAUGUCUUAUUCUCAAAAGGUCCCGAGAAUAAUUCUAAUGGAAUUUAGUUUUUCUGAGGGAGGAUGGUUGGAGAGAUACUACUAAGCUCUCCUAGUCGCUUUUUAAGGCGUUCGCCAGAAAUCUUUCAAGAGGGGGACUUCUUAAAGAGACGGCAGUUUAGAGUAAGGCAGAACUGGAUUGCAGAAUUUGGGGCAAAGCGGUAUGUGUGCAGGUGAAGAUAGCUAAAGCUUUCCUUUGUUACGUUGCUUCAAGAUGUACAACAGUUAAGUAGACAUAUGAUAUUUAAGUCAACCAUAGAUUAUGAGAAGGGAUUUAAACAAUUGUAAACGUAAAAUAAUCUGUUAAUAGUGCGCAGUGACAAUGAAACUAAGACUAUUUUCAAUUUAUUCACCUUCUUAGAAUGCAGGCCGUGGAACCCGAAUGCCUGGGUUCGAAUCCUGCCUCAGCUGCUUAUUUAUUAGCCUCUCUGUGCCACACCUUGGUCAACUGUGAGAUUAAGUGCCACAUAGUAGAUGUUAACUGUUUUUACCAUCGUUAUCCUUUAGAUGUCAGUUUAACUGGGAGCUAUGGCAACAUGAACAAGUAAGAAAGACUAGCUUAAUGGUUAGAGGAGUAAAAAGAGAAAACGUCUGUGCUGAGGGCAUAGGAAAGGAUUGGGCUUGCAAAUAGAAGCCAUGGUUAUUUAACCAUGUGAUUCAUUGUAAUUGUGAGAAUUGUAUGCAUAAGUUAGACCACCUGAAGUUUGAAACACUUUUUUUUUUCUCUUAAUUGAAGUCUUGUUAUUUAAUCCAUAUUUUUUGAAUCUAGUAGAAGUAAAAAGAAAUUUGACAGUUUCAAACAUCCUUUGCUUUUAAUCAUAAGUAAUUUUUGAGUUACAGCAGUAAAAUUGUCUGAAUUAAAAUUCAUAGAACCUGAAAUAAAACUUCUGACAGGUUCUUCAGGUAAUUUUUAAUUGUUAAUAUAUCAUUGGUUAAAAUAUAUUUUUAAAUGUGUAAUCAGUAGAUUAAUUCAUUUUUAACUAUCAUUAAUUUGAAAUUUAUCAAAAUAAGAAAAUACUGUACCUGAUAUUCAACACAGGUUGAUCCUAAUUCGAAUGGAAAAAUUUUCUAUGAUCAGUAAGAUACAGAACUUAAAUAUGUGCUUAAUAAGAUAAAACUUCAAUUUACAAAGCAGAAAUGUUGAAUUCACUAAAAUACUCUUCAUUUGACUGAGACCUUUAGUUAAGGGAAAAUUAGUUAAGAAGCAUUCCAAGAUACCUUAACACCUAGUAUGAUGGCUUUGGUGUUUUUUCAACAGUGGCUUAUGUGUUGUAUUUCGUGUUCCCUCUAUGUAAUACCUAAGAGUAAUUAGUAUUUUUACUCUGAGUGUUUUUCUUAACUUUGCUUAGAAUAUUAACUUCAAGCUUUUGGUUCUAAUGAUUUCCUACAUGAUUCAUUUACUAGGUUUCUUACGAAGACGCAUUAUCUGGAGAACUACAGCUUGGAAAAUGUUUCUCUUUAUUAUAGGUUUUUUUUUUCUGUAUGUAAGGGCAUGGUGUAGUAUGAUAUAAAGACAGUGCGUGGGCUUUGGAGUCCUAAUUGGUUUUGGUGAUUUUUUCCUACUUAGUUUUGAAUCUGAGCUCUAAUGUUCUGUGAUCUUAACCAAGUUACUAGACAGCUUUGGUUUUCUUAUCUAUAAAUAGAUAAUAAGCUCUACCUUAGAGUCAUUGUGAGGAUUAAAUGAAAUAAUUUGUAAAUCCCUCAAAGAGCAAAGAGGUAAAAAGAGGUAUGUAUGUACAGGGUAAGAAAUGGGUAGAAACCAAGAUUACAGGGAAGUUUAUAGAGAGGGCAAACCUUAGAUAAAGGAAAAGAGACAUUGUGAACACUAGCUUAAAAUUUUUUUCACUGAAAAAUUGAAAUAGAUUGUUUAUAUAUAUUUGCAUACGUUUAACAUUUUGAUGUUGAUUUAACUAACACAAUACAACUUGCAAAACCCAUCUUUUAAGAAAUAAAUUACUCUAUAAAAUAUUUGUGAAUUAGGAGUCUUGAUUUAAUUUUUGACACCACUGAUUCAUAGCAAUUUUGUAUACAUCAUAGAAGGAACAUUGUGUUGUUUACCUACCCUAAAAGAUGAGGGAAAUUUUAUUUUCUAAAGUACUUUUGAGCAGUAUUUUUUAAUGUAGUUAAUAAGGUCAGACACUGAUUUUAAAUAUAAGAUUUCAAUAUCCUUUAAAUCUUGAGACAUUAACCAAAGUACCUAGAAUUAAGAGAAACUCUAAACUUCAAGUGGCUUCAUCCUUCAGUUAGCCUGUUUGGGGAUUUACUCUUAGAUUAUUGGUUUUAACAGAUAAAUUUUACCACACAAAAGUCUAUCGGGAAAACUAAAAAAAAAAAAAAAUCAAAUAUUAAGACAAUUUUUAAGAAAUUACAGCUGAGAAUUACCUUUAAUGUUUUGAACAAAUAGAUUUGCUGUUGAACAAAAUCAAAAAACAGCAGUAGCCCCAACUUGGUCUACAGAGAUUUGAGUAACUACAGCCUGACUAGUGUGUUCCCCUCUGCCAUGUAUUCAAUAUGUAUAAACAAUAAAAGCCCUUUUUUGCUAUAAAUUAAAACAUUGAACUUCUAAUUCUUCCUAAUCUUUGCUUUUGGUAUAAGGUAAAAUUCACUUUUUAAAAUGUGAUGUGAAACAUUCUAGAAAGCAGUUUGCCAGCAAAAUUUAAUGGCCUUAGUGUGUUUUCUGAACUCCAAUUAUUACUAACCCUCUAGGUUAUAUAUUUAAUGCUUUCUCUUUUCUUUCUGUUCUCUUUAUCCAAUCCCAAUACUACUUAAGAAAUAAGCUUAUCAAUUUAAUUCUAGGAUUUUAUAGGGGAUGGGAUAUGAGGAGGGAAGCCCUUAUUCUCAAGCUUCUGUGGCUCCAAAAUAUGUUCAAUUAGUAAAUAUUUUCAUUGUGGAGAAAAAUGCAAUUUACUGUGGACGUUUUUGUUUCUGUAGUAGUUACAGAAUGUGAGAGUUGAAACAAGGCCUUAGUCCAAAUCCCCAACACCGGUUAAGUCACCAACCCCUGGACACAUGCAGUCUUCCAUAAAGACAGUCCUAGUCUUUACUUCACUUUAACCGAGUCAAUUGCUGGGUAAACUAUACCAGGCUGGUAAUGGCUAUUUUAUAGUAAAACCUGCAGAACAAAAUCUAGUAGCUUGCUUUAUGUGUUGGAAAAUAAAUAUACAUCGAAUACCUUCUCAUUACAGAAAAAAUGCUGCUGUGAAGACAUAGUUAUAGCUUUCACAUAACUGAAGCCCCAACCAUCAUGAUUUAGUGCCCCCCAAAGGAAGAACUUCAGUGGAAAAGAGAGGGCAUUUCUGGGGAUAGUAGAAUGCUUGAGACCUGAAUUUAAACUCAAGCUCCUUCAUGAAGGUAUUAAAUAAUAGAAGAAAAUGGAAUUGAAUAUGAUACCAGCAUGGAACAGUCUGUUGAUUCAUUAAGAGUCAACCAUAAUGAUUCCAAAGACUCAAAAACCGAUUCUCAGCAUCUAAGCUGUAUGGACUCCAGUGAGCCUUCUUUUGGACAAGAUGGUUCCCCUAGAGUUUUACCCAUUACUACUGCAGUGGAUAAUUCACUCACAUCACAGAAUAUACCAGGGCCCCUGACUCAGACGCAGACUCUUUCUGCAGAGCAAUUCCACCUAGUGGACCAAAAUGGGCAACCUAUUCAAUAUGAGCUUCAGUCAUUGGGGGAUUCUAAUGAGCAAAUGAUGAUUGUUGCCAGCCCAUCAGAAAAUGGACAGGUGCUGCGUGUAAUUCCAUCUACCCAGACAGGAACGACACAAGUGAUUGUACCUCAGGGGCAGCUUGUGGAUGUGAAUAGUCCUCAGGAUGUCUCUGAAGAGAAACCCAGUGACGGAAACUUACCAACUGUAAGAGUGGAUUCUCUAGCAGACAGUAACAGUAGUUACAUUCUUCAUCCACAUGCAUCCCUCACAUUGCCCAAAAAGACAGUGACCAGAAUACUUGAAGAACCCUUUUUGGCUCCACUCCAGCCACUUUCUUCUAACACACCUAUAUGGGCCUGUCGUCUUAGGAGCUGUGAGAAAAUUGGAGAUUCAUACCGUGGCUACUGUGUAAGUGAGACUGAAUUAGAAAGUGUUCUAACAUUUCACAAGCAGCAAACACAGAGUGUUUGGGGGACCCGCCAAUCUCCAAGCCCAGCCAAGCCAGCUACACGCUUGAUGUGGAAAUCCCAGUAUGUCCCAUAUGAUGGAAUCCCAUUUGUCAAUGCAGGGAGUAGAGCUGUGGUAAUGGAGUGUCAGUAUGGGCCAAGAAGAAAAGGUUUCCAGUUAAAAAAAAUCAGUGAGCAGGAAAGCAGGUCUUGUCAACUCUACAAAGCUACUUGUCCAGCCCGGAUUUACAUUAAAAAGGUACAGAAAUUUCCUGAAUAUAGAGUUCCUACAGACCCCAAAAUUGACAGGAAAAUAAUCCGAAUGGAGCAGGAAAAAGCCUUUAACAUGCUAAAGAAGAACUUGGUAGAUGCUGGUGGUGUUCUUAGGUGGUAUGUACAGUUACCUACUCAGCAAGCUCAUCAGUAUCACGAAUUAGAGACUCCCUGCCUCCCUUUAUCACCUUCCCCUUUUCCUAUGUCUUCUCUUGAAGAAGAGGAAGCUGCAGUUAGAGAUGAGAACUGUACAUUACCCUCACGUCUACAUCCUCAAGUAGCACAUAAAAUUCAAGAACUAGUAUCACAGGGAAUACAACAAGUGUAUGCAGUAAGGAAACAGCUAAGAAAAUUUGUGGAAAGGGAACUGUUCAAACCUGAUGAGAUACCUGAAAGACAUAAUUUAUCCUUUUUUCCAACUGUAAAUGAUAUAAAAAAUCACAUCCAUGAGGUACAGAAAUCCUUGAGAAAUGGAGAUAAUGUAUAUAACUCAGAGAUUAUUCCAGCAACGCUUCAAUGGACUACAGGUAGUGGGAAUAUUCUCAGAGAGACUGUGACAGUUACACUUGCAGAAGGAAAUUCACAAGGAGAAGCAAUUUCCAGCAAAGUGGAAACAAAUCAGACAAGGGGUUCUUUGUCUCCAGAGCCAGCGCACUUGCUCUCCUCACUUUCUUCAUUUCAGCCAAAAAUAUUCACACAACUACAGGGUUUGCAGUUGCAACCAAGAUUCACAUCUUCUGAUGGAUCACCAGCUCUGAUAUCAGUAAAUAAUCACCCCUCCUCCAGUCCUUCAAGACUUCUGGAUUCAGUAGGAAGUGCUGUAAUGAAUAAUAAUUCUCUGCUGCUUGGCCAAACUCAUUGCCUUCAAACAGAUACAUGCCUAACCCAAAACAAUAGUAUUUCCUCUACCAUGGGUAACCUUCCAGGACCCGAUCAAAAUCUGGUUGCAGUGGAUCAGCUGGUGGAAGUUGGAGAUGUUGAGGAUACAGAGAAUCUGGAAGGAAAUGUUCAUCGGAUUCUGCUGGGAAAUGUUCAGACCAUUCCAAUACAGAUUAUAGACAGCCACCCAGCUCUUAUUGAAGAAAGUCCAGAAGGUACCAUUUCUGUGAACCAAGUUAAGCAAGAACCCAAAGAACCAGCAUUAUCUAUGGAAGCAAAAAAAAAAUUGGACUGUAAGAAAUUGUCUGCUACAUAAAUUAUUGAAGCUUUUCAGAAUUUACAACUCUGGUGACUUCUGAUGUCAUAAAAAAGAAGGUAGGAACUGGAACUAUCAAUAUUUUCAUGACCAUAGAAUAUCUUACUCUCUCUCCAGAGGGGGACUGCAUCGUCUCUUCCCCAUCAACUGAUUAGGCUUUAGACAUCUUAAAUAGUGUAUUAUUUUUAUCUAAAUAUCUGUAAUUCUACUCAUUUAACAUAAUGGUAAUGGCAAAGCCUAGUAUACUUUUGCCACAUACAUGUUAGCUAUGAAUUCUGUUGCUGAAUAAUAUAACAUCCAUUGCCGACUGAAUUCUAAAAACUUAAGGAAUUAACUCAGAAUUUUUAAAAAAUCACAUUUGUUAAUGAACCCUAAAUUGAUUCAUGAGAAAAAUAAACUGUAUGAUUAAUAUGGAAAACCUUUGAGAAUGUGAUAUGGGUGUAAGAGUGCAGGGGAGAUGUUGCUUAAUGGUACAAACCUGCAACUAGUAGAUACAUAAUUCCUGGAGAUCUGAUGUACUGCAUGGUGAUUAUAGUCAACAAUACUGUAUUAUAAACAUCAAAGUUGCUCAGAGACUAGAUCUUAAUUGUUCUCACUACAAAAAAGAAAUAAUAAUUAUGUGACAUGAUAGAGGUGUUAGCUAAAGCUACAGUGGUAAUCAUAUCGCAAUAUAUAAAUUAUCGAGUUAACACAUUGUACACCUUAAAUGUUAUAUGUCAAUUAUAUCUCAAUUAUCAAAAGAAUUCUAAAACCAGAGGAGAGAAUGGGAGUUAGAUACCAGCAGAGUUUUAAUUUUUAAAUAUCUCUAUUUAAGUAUAUAAUUGACAUAAAAUAAACUGCACAUAUUUAUAGUAUACAAUUUGGUAAGUUUUGAUGUAUGUAUAUGUCUAUGGAACCAUCACCACAGUCAAAUAAGGAACAUGUCUAUCACCCCCAGAAGAUUCCUGGUGCCCCUUUGUAAUCCAUUCCCACUUCUUCCUGCCUCCACCCUUACCCCACCAUCCCUAAACAACUACUGAAUUGCUUUCUGUCACUAGAGGUCAAUUUAUUAUGUCUACAAUUUUAUAAAAAUGAAAUUGUAUAGUAUGAGCCUUUUUAAAAUCUGACUUUUGUCACUCAGCAUAGUUAUUCUGAGAUUCAUCUAUGUCACAAGAUGUAUGAAUAGUUCAUUCCUUUUUACUGUUGAGUAGUAUUCCAUUGUAUGAAUAUACCAUAAUUUGUUUAUCCAUUCAGCUGUUGAUGGGCAUUGGGUUGUUUACGUUUCUUGGCUAUUACAAAUAAAGCUGCUAUGAACAUUUGUGUAAAUCUUUGUGUGGACAUAUGCUUUCAUUUCCCUUGGGUAAAUAUAGGAGUAGAAUGGUUGGGUCAUAUGGUAGGUAUAAAUUUAACUUUUUAAGAAACUCUGAAAUGAUUUUCCAAAGUGAUUGUACCAUUUUACAUUCCAAUCAGCAGUGUAUGAGAGUUCCAGGUGCUCUAUAUUAAUAGGCAACACUUGGUAUGGACAGACUUUUAUUUUUUUAUUUUUAUUUUUUUAUUUUUUGCGGUACGCGGGCCUCUCACUGUUGUGGCCUCUCCCGUUGCGGAGCACAGGCUCCGAAUGCGCAGGCCCAUCGGCCAUGGCUCACGGGCCUAGCCGCUCCGUGGCAUGUGGGAUCUUCCUGGACCGGGGCACGAACCUGUGUUCUCUGCAUUGGCAGGCGGACUCUCAACCACUGC